AGUAAGUAGGGUUAGGUUGUUAAUGUUUGUAUGGAAGUUGCUAAUAGCACCUUACUACUUAAUUACCAUUUACCAUUUACAAAGUGCAGUACAAGGUGCUAAUCCAUGAGUGAUAUGUGUACAAGGGGUGAUUUUUGUGAAAUGCAUUGGUAAUAAGGUGCGAGUAUGUCGGAUUCGGAGGAGGAAAGUGUCGGGAGACAAUUGAAAAUUGUUGUUGUGGGGGAGCCCAGUGUUGGAAAGACAAGCAUAAUUAGGAGAUUCUGUUAUGAUGAUUUUACAAGACAGUAUAAUCAAACGGUUGGUGCGGAUUUUUAUAUUCGGCGAAUUUCGCUACCAGGUCGUCAGGAAAUCACUGUGAGGAUCACUGAUGUUGGUGGUAAUGAAUUUAGAGGACAUAUGCUAGGAAAUUAUCUAUUCAAUUCAAAUUUGAUAGUUUUAGUGUACGACAUAACAAACUCGGUAAGUUUCGACUGCCUGUCCAUGUGGAUAGACGCCAUCCGGCGAGCGGUUGAAAACCCCCCAAUUUGUGCAAUUGUCGGAAAUAAAUGCGACUUGGAGCACCAAAGAGCGGUGCGUUUGGACAAAACUAAACACUUUGUCCAAGACUAUCGCCUGUCUAAUUUCCUCGUGUCUGCGAAAACGGGAGAAUCUGUCAACGCGAGUUUAAUGGACUUGAUCACUAAACAUUUCGGUAUUCCUUUGACCCGCAUUGAGAAAGAGCACCAGGAAUCAAUCGUCAAAGCCGAGCUAAUCCCAGCUACGGCCGAGCAAAUGACAGCUGUUCCCACAACGAACUCGUCAGUCUGUUGCUUGCAAUAGAAGCUUCCAUGUUUUUACGUUUUAAUAAAUAAAUUUUCAAACUGGAUUUGUUCAAUUUA